CCCGCGGGUCCUGGCGUCGAGCCCCGCGGCGCGCUCGGCCACCAAGUCGCUGGCGGAGGUGGCGGCGAUGCCGCCCUCCGCGCACGUGCUGCUCUUCAACCGCGUGCCCAAGGCCGGCGGAGAGAUGCUGGUGCUGCUGCUGCAGUGGCUGCAGGGCCGCAACGGCUUCCGACACGUGCGCCUCGGCCCCGGCCCGCGCAGGAUGACCCGCUCACAGCAGGAAAGUCUUGUGGAAACGAUAAUGAAGACCAUACGUGAUGAAGCUGUCCCAGUUGCUUUCGAUCGUCAUGUGUAUUUCAUAAAUUUCACACUGUUUGAUAAGCAGUCUCCAACAUACAUAAACCUUGUUAGAGAUCCUGUGGACAAAGCAGCAUCAAGGUUUUAUUAUGCUAGAGUAACACCAGAUCCAAGAAAUCCUGAUUUGCAUUAUGCUCCUCCAAGGCUCAACAAGAAUUUCAUCAGCUCUAAUUUUGAUGAAUGUGUUGCACUUCAAGAUCCUGAAUGUAUGUUUGAAACAGGGCAGCCAUAUGAUCUAACAAUACCUUACUUCUGUGGACAUGAGGAAUGGUGUAUGCAGCUGAACAAUCGGAUGGCACUAGUGAAAGCCAAAGAAAAUGUGGAACAUUUCUUUCCUGUUGUUGGUGUCCUGGAAGAACUAAAUGCUACUUUAGCUUCCUUGGAGAGCAAUCUUCCAUAUUUCUUUAAGGGCGUUCAAAAAAUGUAUUUUGAAGAAUUGCUACAACCACACAAAAAUAGGAAUCGAAAGAAACCACCAGAGGUUGCUCACAAAACUCGAAAGUGGCUACAUUCACAACUGAAGCUUGAAUAUGAAUUUUAUUAUUGGCUACGAGCAAGAUUACUGACUCAAAUACGGUGAUAUAAUGAUAAACUAUCAAAUUGCAGAUUGCAGCAUCAAUUUUAUAUAAAUGUGACCUGAACUGAAAUUUUAUACCAAAUGUGGUGUGCAAUCUCUGUAUUUUAUUGCUGAAUCAGCUAUUUUAUUUAUGACUCUACUUUCUGAAUAAUAAGUACAAAUUUAUUUAUGUAUAUUUUCAUCUAUUUGUAGUGUAUUUUUUAAUGCAGUGUGCUGCAUUAUGCUUGUAGCUAGUGUACACCUCUUGCCAGAUAUUAGAUGGGUUGAUUGUUUCCUGUGUGUAACUGUUAUCAGGUGUCCUUCAUGGAACAUAUGAUGUGUAAAUGACCUAUGAAGAAAAUUUUUCAUAAUUUGCAAA